UUGAUGCAACACAUGUGCAAUGAAAUGAAAACAGAGGUACUCAAUUUUCUACGGAAAUUUUCUGCAAAUCUUAGAUUGUCAGGACAAUCAGCUUUGAUAAGACUAUACACAAAGAAUAACGCAUGUUAUCUAUGCGAAGUAAGGCCUUCGUCUUUACAAAAACUAAUUCAUAAAUGGAUGUUCUCAAGUGAUCCUGACAGUCAGAAAAACAACACCAUGACAGGGAAUGCAGCAUUUUUUGAUCCUCCGGAGUCUGUCCGGGGAAUGAAAGUUCUGGAUAGAAAUCUCUUUCGGAAGACUGUGUUAAUUCCAGGACUCGCUGUUCCCGAGAAGAGUAUAGGAAAACUUGCGAAAUCUCUUAAAAAAGAGGUCUUGCGUUUUAGAUCCAUUAAACCUGUUGUGGAGCUAAGUGCAAAAGACUCCCUUGCAAAAAGCCAUAAACUUAUGCUGUUUAAUCCAAUGAAGGUAAAAUCCGCUGAAGACUUCAAUGAGGACCAAAGAACAGUUUUGGAGAAAUUAAAUGUUGUAUUAUCUAGUUUUCAAUUCUACAGUUUUGAUAUGAACUAUGACAAUUGGGACCAUGCAGAAAUAAUUAAAGCUGUGCUUCCAGAGGAACUAGAGGCAGUGACAGGCUUUGCAAUAGUUGGACAUGUUGCACACCUGAACCUUCGGGAUGGAGCAGAUGACUAUAAAAAUUUGAUAGGUCAAGUGAUUCUAGAUAAACACAGAACAUUAAAAACAGUUGUCAACAAGUUGAAAUCAAUUGACUCGGAAUUCAGGAACUUCAAGAUGGAGCUGCUUGCUGGUGAGCCAGAUUUUACCACCACUGUCAAGGAGCAUGGGUGUACCUUCACUUUUGAUUUCUCCAAGGUUUACUGGAAUACUAAAUUAGGCACAGAACAUAACCUGGUGGCAUCACAGAUAAAGCAGGAGGAUACAGUGUUUGACGUUUUUGCAGGGGUGGGGCCAUUUGCAGUGCCAUGUGGGAAGAAAGGAAUAACUGUGUUUGCAAAUGAUUUGAAUCCUGAUUCAUUUCAGAGUUUGGUGUUAAAUGUUUCGAAAAACAAAGCUAAUCAGAAUAGCAAUGUUCAUUGUUUCAACAUGGAUGGCAGGGACUUUAUAAAGCAGAUAUUUUCAAAAGAAAUGGAAAGGAUAUGGAAGGACCCGUCCUCUAAAGGAACUGUUCAUGUCUUAAUGAAUUUGCCAGCUCUGGCUGUAGAAUUUCUGGACAGUUUUGUUGGGCUCUUUAAUCAAUCUAGCUGCAAGCCAAAGGAUCCUAACUGCUUGCCUUAUGUUCAUUGUUAUUAUUUUAGUAAAUGUGAGAAUCUUGAGCAGGACACUAGAGAGGCUGUGGAAAGAGUUUUAGGUUGUACUCUGGAUGAUAACAUCAGCAUCAGGGAGGUCAGAAAUGUGGCCCCUGGGAAAGAGAUGAUGUGCAUCAAAUUUAGGGUCCCUGAAUCUGUGCUGAUCAAAGGGAAUGUAGAAACAGAAGAUGGUCCAGCAGCAAAGAAGAUAUGUUUAUAAAUAUAUAUCUAAAUAAAUUAGUGACCAGAGAUAUACUGUUUCUCAAUUUCGUAGGUUUAAAGCAAAAAUGGAGAUGAUACUUUCAUUGAGAAAUACAAUCAUGUUAACUUGUUGGCAGACUGGACAAAAAGUUUUUAACAUGGUUCAUACACCUAUAAACAGGCAGUGAGAGCAAAUAUCAGGCCAUCUCCGCUAGCCAAGUGUCCGAUUCGUUUUUUCUCAUCAGAUGAGAAAAACGAAUCAGACACUUGUUUAGCGAAGAUGCCAUUAGGCAAACCUCGGCCAAUUCCUCCACUUUCAUCAAGAGGUUGGUUGAGGUACAAAUUGGUCAAGAUGUGUCGAGUAAUAGUAACUUGCCCUGAGUAAAGUUGGUCUAUGAUAGAGAAAGACCACUGUCACCAGUGCUUUCAGUAUAUUCAUGAGGCAAGCAGAUUGUAAACCCUUGGCUGAUGAGGAUGCUGUAGAAUUUAUAGUACAAAUAACAUUUUAUGUUUUAUACUAACAGAGGUUUUUUUAACCUCAUUGAAGUAGUAAAUUUGUGAUACUGUUAAACCAGAUUCAGAUUUGACGCCCAGCGAUUUGUUUUUUCUCCUCUGUGCUGUUUGACGUGUACACUAUUACAAUUGCGGUUUAAAUGUGAAUUUUAAUAUAAUAUUAAAAUUAUAAUACUA